CUUCACGUGUGUCUUUCACUCGCGUUUGUAUAAACUUGUUUUUCUCUAGGAAAAGCUCUUCUUUUCUAAGUCUUUAGAAGUGUUGCCUGGUCAAACUGAAAGGCCCUGUAUCUUGAGGGCAUCAAGACACAUAUGGCAUCAGCAGAAGAAGCGGUGAAAAAUGAAAAUUCGCCCGCUCAACCGAAUAGCGCUUCGGAAACCUCGAAAUCUACACAGCCCGUUGCCGCAAAUCCAGCAGCUUCUUCAGGGUCUGUAAAGAAGCCAAACUAUAUACUGAAGUACACUUUGGCUGGUCAUACCAAAGCUAUUUCCUCUGUGAAGUUCAGUCCAAAUGGAGACUGGCUAGCAAGUUCUUGUAAGUGGUUUAUUGUUAUUGAUACAAGUAUUUUUGAUGCCUUUUUUCAGGGUAUUUCAGAUGUAUCUUGGUCAUCAGAUUCAAAGCUGCUUGUUUCUGCUUCAGAUGAUAAAACUCUGAAAAUUUGGGAUUUUGCCACAGGAAAAUGUCUUAAGACACUCAAGGGACACAGCAAUUAUGUGUUUUGUUGUAACUUCAACCCUCAAUCUAACCUCAUUGUGUCUGGCUCUUUUGAUGAGAGUGUACGCAUUUGGGACGUCAAGACAGGAAAGUGCUUAAAGACAUUACCUGCUCAUUCAGAUCCUGUUACAGCGGUUCAUUUCAACAGAGAUGGUGCUCUGAUUGUAUCAAGUAGUUAUGAUGGCCUUUGUCGCAUUUGGGAUACAGCUUCUGGACAGUGCCUCAAGACUCUAAUAGAUGAUGACAAUCCACCAGUCUCAUUUGUGAAAUUUUCUCCUAAUGGAAAGUACAUAUUAGCAGCAACGUUAGACAACACCCUGAAACUAUGGGAUUACAGCAAAGGAAAGUGUCUGAAGACUUACACUGGUCACAAGAAUGAAAAAUACUGUAUAUUUGCCAAUUUCUCUGUUACAGGGGGCAAGUGGAUAGUAUCUGGGUCAGAAGACAAUAUGGUGUAUAUUUGGAACCUGCAAUCCAAGGAAGUGGUACAGAAGCUAGAAGGGCAUAGUGAUGUGGUCCUUUGUUCUGCGUGCCAUCCGACAGAAAAUAUCAUAGCAUCUGGUGCUUUGGAAAAUGACAAAACCAUAAAGAUCUGGAAAUCCGAUUCAUAACAGACGCUGCACAAGUUUUUGAAGCUUCUGCAUUGUACCAUGGUUGUUGGAAUGUGUACAGCUUUACAGUUUUAUAAUCAGGAGUGUUAUAAACUUCUCAUAGUUGCGUUUUUAGUGUCUGGAACUGUCACUGUUAUUUUACACAGUAGCUGUGGACUAUUGAGUUGCUUUAUUUUGCACUAUGUGCUGGCAAGUUCCUUUUGUACCUGGGUAGGAAUUUCUUCUUGUACCACCUCAGACCUCUUGCAGGAGGAGAAGGGCGAAGCAAGCUAGAUCUUCCUAAUGACUGCCACCAAACAAAAACCAAUCAAAGUUGAUCGCAUCUGGUCAAUUACAACAGAUAAUAGUACAGUUAGAUCCCUCUAAUUUGAACUCGCUUAUUUCAAACCCCAAAACCAUUUCCCUUGGAUUUGCCCUUCAGUCAUUUACUAUCGGCUCUUUCGAACUUCUGCAAUUUUGAAUUACUUCUUGUUUCCCCUGAGAGUUCAAAAUAGUGGAUUUCAACUGUAUCGUAAGAACAGUCAGGGUAAAGUAAAAAUGUGUACCCAGCAAAAUGCAGGAAAAUAGACGAAAGCCAGGUUGCCGCGUUACUCCUGAUUAGUUCAAAAAUCAACAAAAUUUUCUGGCCAUAAUGCGAAUUUAGUAAACAGAAAACUAAAGCGUAGAGUUUAAUGUGGCUCACUUUUGGCAAAUAAUCGCAGACACUUUCAGAACCUAAAAACUGCAAAGGAAAAUACCAAACCGUUUUGAGACUUUCUAAUGUCAUUCCCAAUUGAAUUAUUCAAUUACUUGGCUUACGUAGAUGUCAGUUGGGUUUGUUACACAAUCUUUCAUGUUUUUUGAGAUAAGGAAUGCGUGGCGAUCCCAAAGUGAAAGAGGGCAGGCUAAGUCUCUAAAAGAACGUACACACUGCAGUCCAAUCCAUAUCUCUCAUAUCAUAUGCACUUUCUCUUUUUUCCUCCUUAAAUUUCUAUUUUCUCUUUGUUUUCUGUAGCUAACUCAAUCAGAUCGACCACAAGAAUUAAGUCCUUGACCAUCUCAGUAAUCACGCCUUGCUCUCUCAGGAAGAACAUUGAAAUUUUUGGGUUUAUUCAUCUUGGGACUUGAAUGGAAGCAUAUAAUAUUAUUUUUUUUGCCUUGAAACAAACUUUUUCAUUCUUUUGAACUUUUGUGUACCGUAGCCUUACCCUUUCCAAGGUCUUGUAUUAUACAUCACAUCAAUAAAUAUAUACUUGUUUUUCAAACAGAACAGAGUUUCUAGUUCAAAUAGAUUCUUGUAAUAUUAUAUCGAUUGAAGACAAUAAAAUGAACUGAAGUAAAACAUC